CAUGGAGCUGUGCUCCCGGCUGCUGCUGCUGUGGCUCUGCCGCCUUCUCUGCGUGGCCAGUCAGUACCUCCAAGGAUGUGCCGGAUAUGAAAGCCUUCUCAACUUGAAUCUGGGAGCAGUGUUUAGUGGAAAUGAGUUGUCUGUGGUUUGUGAAAACGCACACUGGAAUGGUGGUAUGCCGAAUUAUGAAAUUACGAUAUUCUUUCCGGAAGACAGAAAUGGCAAGUGCUUCUUCCCCUUCUACUACAACAAAGGCAUGUUCUUCAACUGCAUCAAGUUCCAGUCCAAACACGAGUGGUGCUCGUUAACGGAGACUUUCAAAGGAUAUUGGAAGUACUGUUCUGAAGAAGACAUGGCCAAGUGUGCGUUUCCCUUCUGGUUCCGACGCAUGAUCUACUGGGAAUGCACCGAAGAUUCGAACGCAUAUGGGAAGAAAUGGUGUUCGCUGACUCAGAAUUACAACAAGGAUAAGAUUUGGAAAUAUUGUGAUGCUGAUGAGAGUUAGAGGGGGCGGGGCUGAAGAGGGCGGUCGCCUCAUUUCCGGGGCGAAGAAGCCUCAGUUUUUAUUGGGAAAGCAGGGGGCAGGGUUUGAAGGCGAUGUGGUUGUAAAUAGCUUGGGUUUUGAUGAUGGUUAUAGCGUUUCUAGCCUCAGCACUCCUACUUGCUAACUGUGUAAAACUGGGCCCUUAAAAAGUAGUGGGUGGACUGGGGGUGAUCAUGAGGUGCCAGUGCUAUCGAUGAUAACCAAUGUCGCAGCCCGGGGCAGGGUGGAAUAUCGGUCAUGGGGAAGGCUGUGCUUAUGUGUGGGGUCAUCGGUAUACAGGAGCUCAAUGUGGUUGUGAACCUAAAGCCACAGAAAAUAAAGUCUCCUCUA